AUGCCGCCAGAUCGGGGCAGAGCCUCACGAGCGUGCGUUUCGUGCAGAAAGCAGAAAACCCGAUGCUAUGAGCCCAGUGUCCUAGGCAAAGCAUGUUUGCGAUGCGAAAGACUUCGUCAAAAAUGCUCCCUAACAGAAGCUUCAGGGCGACUUGACGAUGAAAAUUUAGCCAAUCCUCAUUCAAACACAGAUGCGCGCUUGGAACGCGUGGAGAGAACACUGGCAGCUCUUCUCGAUCGCCUUGGAGAAGGCCCGGCAGGCUCCGAUGAUCAUCAGUCCAGCAAGGGAAGCGUACUGACGACCCCGGAAGCUGGGGAAGCUCCGUACAAGGAGACGGAAUCUUCCGCCGCCCCGAUCAUGGUAAUCCGAGACCUGGCUACGGAUACAGGUAUCAAGUCUGCACCCGACACAAGGCCUCUCGAGACAGUCUUAGAUGACAUUAUUUCGCCCGAUCUGGCUUUGACUCUCAUCACAAUAUUUGUCGAGUAUUAUGGUCGAUGGAUUCUCUAUGACCCGGAAGGCGACCCCGCUGCUCUCCUACCCCGCGUGAAGAGAUCGCCCUUACUUUUCUGUGCGUGUUGCUUAAUCGCUGUGCGGCAUAGCUCCGAACAACUAGCUGCAAGUCUGGCUCCUAAACUUUAUGAUUACGCUCGGUCCUCUGUUUCGAGCAGCCUUUUGAUCGCCCCACAGUCUAUUGAGUUCUUCCAGGCAACCCUUAUUCUUUGCAUGUGGUCUACAACUGUGGGCCAGGUGCCCUUAAGCAUUGAUAGCUGGCUUCUAAGUGGGUUUGCCCUGCAGCACAGUCAAUCCAGCCCCCUAUUUGCAGCGGUGACAUCUCAGUCCCAGCCACCAACCAGGAUGGAUGAAAAGACCCUUGAUCGAUGUUGCCUGUGGAACCAUCUUUGUCUAGCACACUUGCACUAUUGUGUUGGCACAAGCCGCAAAUCUAUGCUACAGGCUUGGCAGAUUGAGCGUUGUCGGGCUAUUAUUGACUCCGAUCAUGCAACUAAUUUUGAAAUCCGGAUGGUUGCCGAGAUACACCUCUACUGGACUGUCUAUGGACACUUGAUUGAAGAAUCGGUAGAUUUGCUCAAGUCAGUCGCGGAUCUACAGGCGUGGAGGAGACGAUGGGAAUUUGUGAUUGAGCAGCCAAGAUCUCAGUUUCUGCUGAUGGGUUUCCAUUUUUCCAAUCUUCUCUUAUACGAACAUGCACUGAAAUCAAAGACUGCUCGUGCUCAAGAGUCAGUCGUCUCAGAAAUGGUCCGCCAUUCAACAGCUAUCGUGCACCUAGCCAUGAAUACAGUAGAUGAGCGUACUCGCCACUUGACCGAUCAUAUUUAUCACAUGAUUACAUUCGCAGCGAUUGUAAGUAGGGCAUGUGACACCAGAGACUUAGAUGCUCUCAUCCAAAAUCUGGUUGACUGGCUUCAUUGCAUUGGCCUUCCCUGUCAUGCUGCACAUACCCUGGGAAAUAUCAUCUCCAAAGUACAUCAGAAACUACGCCCCCGCGUUGAAGUCUUGCCAGACCCAAUACAGGAUUUCCCCGAAGAGAGCUUCACCAACUACUAUUUUCCGGAGUUCUUGGGGCUAGGGCCGUCCGCCGAUGGAAAUUGGGAUCUAUUGUCAGACUUGGGCUUCUUCCAUCAGAGCCCCUCGGAUAAUUCACUGCAAAGAUGA